UAAAAAAGGGAGUUAACUUUGAUCAAACUUAAUUAUGGCAUAGCUUGUACACCAUACUUUGAAUGAGAACUACUUUGUAAACAAAUGUUUUAUCAAAAAAUGUUAUUCAAGUGAUUGAAAAAGAUAUCAUUUUAUCAUCUUUUGCAAUGGAUUUAUUUUGAAAUUUCUUCAAGACUUCAUAAAACAAGCAGUGGACUUUAUCUUUUGUAAAAAUUAAAGAAGGAAUUAAUUUUUUCAAGACUUCAUAAAACAAGCAGUGGACUUUAUCUUUUGUAAAAAUUAAAGCAAACAAAAUCUUUGAUAUCACAACAAACAGAUAUUUUGAAAUUCCAUGUGUAGGUGAUCUCAGAUUGUUAAAGAAAACAAACAUGUCAACCAUUGAGGAGAUGAAGAUCCAAGGGAUCCGGAGCUUCAGUCCUGAGGAAAAACAAACUAUUCAUUUCAACAAGCCUCUUACAUUGAUAUUGGGGCCCAAUGGGACAGGGAAAACUACUAUUAUUGAGUGUUUGAAGUAUAUGACUACAGGUGUCAUGCCACCAGGCGCCACAAAAGGAGGAGCAUUUAUACAUGAUCCCAAGAUUGCUCAUGAGAGUGAGGUCAGAGGUCAAGUGAGGUUACAGUUGCGUGACAUAUCACAAAAACUAGUUAUUGUACAGAGGUCAUUAACAGCUACACAAAAGGCAAAGAAGGUAGAAAUGAGGACAUUGGAUAAUUUUAUAACUUGGUUGGAUGCUGCUGGUGAAAAACAGAGUAUGAACCCUAAAUGUGCUGAUCUUGACAGACAGAUGAUUACCUCCCUUGGCGUGUCAAAGCCAGUUCUAGAGAAUGUGAUAUUUUGUCACCAGGAGGAGGCUAACUGGCCAUUAAGUGAAGGCAAGCAGUUGAAGGAAAAGUUUGAUGCAAUAUUUGCUUCAACAAGAUAUGUGAAAGCUCUAGACAGCAUUAAGAAAACUAAGAAAGAUCAGGAUGAUAAGAUAAAGAUGUACAGAAGUGAUAUUCAGUAUUUGAUACAACAUAAAGAAAAGGCUCACCAGCUUGAGUGUGAUUUAGCAGAACAAGAAGAUAAACUAAAGGUUUCCAAAAAAUCAGUGAACGAAGUAAACAGUCAGCUGAAACCCAGGAAGGAUAAGAUGAAAAAAAUAGAUGAACAGUAUGCCGAAAUACUUGGAAUCCAGAAGGAGAUCACACAGUAUGGCAUUGAGAAAAAACAGAUUGAGAAACAAGUGGGGGAACUACAGAACCAGAUAGAAAAUAAAUUCCAAGGAACUGAUGACGAGUUGAAGAGUAUGCUGUCAGAUUUUGAAGAUAAAUUGAAGGAAAGAGAGAGAACCUUAGAGGAGUUUGAAGACAGGCAGAAAAUGUUAAGUAAACAAUCAGAAAAGUUAGACAAGGAGAAGUCUGCUAUACUGGUAGAAGUAGGAAGACUUCAACAAGAGGCUGAGAGACAAGAAGAAAACGUUUCAAAAAGAGAUGCUCUGAUCAAGCAGUUUGCAGAUGAAUACAGUUUUAAAGAUUUGUCAGGGGCCUUAACUGAUGAGAAAUACAAAUUGUUCUUAAAGAGUAUGCAACGUAAACUUGAGGCUAUGGUAGAAGAAACUAGACAGACAAAGACAGAUUUUGAGGAGAGAGAGGAAGAGAUACAACAGAAGAUUGAUGAACUAAGAGACAAGAAGACUAAACUUGAACAAAAUGAUAAAAUCAAGAGGGAAAUGAUGUCUAGUGCCCAGGCUGAACUUGACAUUCUGAAGAAAGAUAAAGCUUCCAAAGAGGAAAAUAUUAGAAUAUUAAAUAUUUUUUACAGCAAUCAAAAUGAGGAUGUAAAGAAAUGUUCAGGUAAGAUGAACCAGAUAAAAAAUACAAUGUCAAAGAUGGAGACAGAGAGAAAAAUGGGCAUGGAACAACUGAAAAAGAAGGAGGCAGAACUUAAAGGACUUGAAGAAAGGGUAUACAAUGUGUGUGGAAGUCAGAAUUUUGAUGAAGGACUCUCAACCAUUCAGGAAAGAAUGGAGAAAGUCAGAGAUCAACAUGGGUCAUUAGUUGGUGAACAACAUUUCUACAUGAAAUAUGCGAAGGAUUUAGAGAAAGAUGAUCCAUGUUGUCCAUUAUGUCACAGAGGCUUUGAUACACAACAAGAUGUUCGUGAACUUGUGCUAGAGUUAAAGGAUCAGUUAAGGAUGGUACCCAGCAAGUUAAAGACAGCUGAAAAAGAGAUUGAUGAAUGUCAAGAGAAAUAUGAUGCUCUGAUGCAGCUUAAACCUCUCCGAGAAAAUAUGGAGAAACUAGAAAAGUUAGAGAUACCAGACCUGAAGUCAAGUUUAAAGAAGACAGAAGAUGAGAUACAUAAACAGAAAGAGGACCUUACCAAAAUAGAGGAAGAAUUGAAGAUAAAAGAAGAUGAUGAAGCUAUGGCUAAACAAAUACAACCAGAUAUUGUUAUGAUGGACAGAUACUUUGGUGACGUAUCGGAACUAGACAAGAAAAUUGCUAUGCAAGCAGCUAAACUUUCAGGGGGAGAUUCUGGGAGGACUGUUCAGAUGGUCAUUGAUGAGAAGGAGGAUUUGCAGGACAAAGUAGAUUCAUCUACAAAGAGUUUGGAUCAUAAGCGUCAGAAGUUGGCUGACCACUCUGAACAGAUACAACUGGAAGAAGAUAAAGGAAAUCUAGAGUCAGAGAAUACUAUGCAUGAACACGAUAUAAAGGAUACAGCAGAAAAGUUGAGACUCAUACAAGUAAGUUUGUGUCUGUCUCAUGUAAGUUUUUGUUAUACCCCUACCACAUACAAUAGUAAAUUGGACAGAUUCGGAACGGAAAAAGAAGAUUUGAUAAAAAAGAAAGAGGAAAAGCUAGAAACUGCAAAAGCAGCGGUUGAAAUAGUGAAGGGCCAUGCUAGUAAAGUGGAAAAUAUUAACCAGGAUAUUGAAAGUUAUAACCAGUCUGGGAAAGCGAGCAAAUUAGAAGAGAACCAGGCUGACAAGGAGAGAAAAGAGAAAAAAAUGGUCACCAUUGAAGAAGAGCUGAAAGAUAUUGUUACCAAUAUUGACAAAUGGAGAAAAGAUCUUUCUACCCAAAAGGUACAAGAACUUGAUCUUCAGAAUAAUCUGAAUUUGAGAAAUAAACAGAAAGAGAUAGAAAAGAUCAGUAAAAAGAUUGUUGACCUGGAGAGUAAACUUAAAGAUUUAGAUGUGGCUGAACUAGACAGGGAACGGAGAUGUCUACACCAAGAAAAGGAAAAUCUAAAAAAAACAGUUUCUUAUUCAAUCCAGCGGUAUACCACGGAAGGCCGUCAGACAGAAUUGGAGAAUCAGAUUAGAGCUGUGAAGGAGGAGUUACAAACAGACAUGUAUAAAGGAGCGGAGGAGAAAUAUCGUAACAAGAUAAUUGACCUUACAACAACAGAACUGGCCAAUGAAGAUUUAGAGAAAUAUGAACAUGCACUAGAUAAGGCUAUCAUGAAAUACCACAAAAUGAAGAUGUCAGAGAUAAACAAAAUUAUCCGAGACCUGUGGAGACAGACAUACAGGGGUCAAGACAUAGAAACUAUAGAGAUACGUUCAGAUGAGGAUGAUUCCACGGCCAUAAAUACACGUAAGACGUAUAACUAUCGUGUUGUGAUGAUCAAACCUGGGGAUGCUGUGAUAGACAUGAGGGGGAGAUGUAGUGCUGGACAAAAGGUACUGGCAUCGUUGAUAAUACGCCUGGCCCUGGCAGAGACAUUCUGUUUAAACUGCGGAAUUUUAGCACUAGAUGAACCCACAACCAAUCUGGAUAGAGAAAAUAUUGAAAGUUUAGCUGAUGCACUAGUGGAGAUCAUUAAAGGACGUAUUCACCAAAGAAACUUUCAGCUGGUAAUCAUUACCCACAAUGAAGGUUUUGUUGAGUUACUGGGUAGAUCAGAAUAUGUAGACUAUUUCUACAAAGUCAGUAAAGAUCAAAAUGGUUAUUCAAGGCUGACCAAAGCUGAGGUUGCAGAACUGAGCAGCUAAGGUCCUUGAAGAAUAAAAAAAUAAACAUUGAAAAAAUUGACCAAAAAUAAAUUGUUAUGAUUGACAUUUGUAAAGUUUAUUGAAUAUGACUGUUGAUUUUUAUUUUCAACAAGCCUGCAUGUGUUUACAAGUGUAUAAAAUGCCAUUUGAAUGUGUUCAUGUUGUUAUAAUUCAUUUGCAUUUUGUUUUUAUUUGUUUUUUAUAAGACGAACGCUUGAAGAUGUAAGCCUAUAGAUCAGUGAGCAAAUUUCCAAAAAAAAACUAGAGGGCAAGAUAUGAUUGAAUUCCUAAUUGUUGUACUAUUUUUCUACAUGUUUAGUGAUGGAGUAAGGACUUUGUUUGCAUUUUUUAUACCCCCUGCACAUAAUGUGAAGGGGGCAAUACUUGUUUUACUUUGUUGCAUUGGUCAAGUUGUUGUUUUGUCCGUCAACAUCUGUCAGCUGUAUAACUUAUACUCCUUAAGAUGACAUUAUGCCCAUCCAAGUGUCAAUGGUGAGUGCACAGGUAAAAGUCAAAAUACCUUUACAUUUUGCCAUUAUUGUGUUCAAAUUUAUAUUUUACUAUGCAAAAUAAUAAUCUAUGUGACCCACAGACAUUAAUUAAUAUGAAAGUAAAAUUAUGAAAGCAUACAUGUGAACUCUCCCACUUUUAGCGGGAAACUCCCACUUUCUGCAGCCAUAUUUUCAAAGAUUUUUCUUAAAAUAUGGUGUAUUUUCACAAAUUAAAGAAAUCUCCCUCUUUUUGAUAUCAGAACUUUCUUCUUUGUUUAUAGCAAAUUCUAAAAUCUUCCUCUUUUUGAAGAAAAAUCUCCCACUUGAUCAUCGAAAAAAAGUUCACAUGUAUGUGAAAGUAAUAAAAAAAACAAUUCAAUUUACAUGGUAUUAGAUGCAUGUUAAUUUUUAAUGAAAAUUAUGUUACAGAUUUUGUUGUUUUGCCUCAUAGUGAUGUUUUUUUUUUGUUAGUGGUGCUAAAAUUUCAUUUAUUUUGUUCAUUGAUUAUAAGCAUUUAUUAUACAAUUAUAUACCUACUAUCUUUGCAAAUAAAUCUACAACUCUAUGUUCACCUUUCACAUCUAAAAUUAUUACUUCUGUGCCAGUGAUAUUGUUUUGCUGUUGGUAAAAUCAGAGGGAUUUCCUUGUUACCAGGAAUAUUAAAUGCCAAUUAUGAGAUGAUAUCCCAAUGUAUUUUUUCUUUUCUUUUAAACUGCAUACAGUACAUAUUUACUAAUAUGUCUUAAUGACAGCCUCUUGAAAAAAAAUAUAUGCAUACAAUGUAAAAAGAUUGUCAAAAAAGAACAUUUUGUUAAAGCUCAAUGAUAAAGUUUUUUCUUUGUUAUCUAUAAUAAGGAAUGAGACAAAAUAAUUUACCAUUACAUUAUAAAAUUACAUGUACAUAUUAUACAUGUACUUGGGUGCAUGGCACUAUGUACAUGUAUGUUGGAACUUCUUCUAAGAACAGUUUUAUCAAAUAGACAUGCAGUACACAAAGAGGAUGGACAAUGUAUGAUAUAUAUUCAUUUAUUAUAAACGUAUAAAUAAAAGAUUGAGACAAAUGAGGUUUUUUAGCUCACCUGUCACAAAGUGACAGGGUGAGCUUUUGUGAUUGCUUUUCGUCCGGCGUCCGUCCGUAAACUUUUACUUUAAAUGACAUCUCCUCAUAAACCACUAAGCCAAUUUCAUCCAAACUUCACAGGGAUGUUCCUUUGGUGGUCACCUUUAAAAAUUGUUCAAAAAAUUUAAUUCCAUGCAGAACUCUGGUUGCCAUGGCAACCGAAAGAAAAAUCUUUAAAUAUCUUCUUUUAAAAAACCCUGAGAGCUAGAGCUUAGAUAUUUGGCAUGAAGCAUCUUCUAGUUAGUGUCUACCAAGUUUGUUCAAAUAAAAGUCCUGGGAUCAAAAUUGGCCCCGCCCCAGGGGGUCAUUGAUUUUCCCUAUGUACAUAUAGUAAAAACUUAAAAAAUCUUCUUUUAAAGAACCCAAAGAGCUAGAGCAAAAAUGUUUAGCAUGAAACAUGUUCUGAUGAGUGUCUACCAAGUUUGUUCAAAUAAAAGCCCUGGGGUCAAAAUUGGCCCCGCCCCAAGGGGUUAUUGAUUUUCCUUAUUUGUGUAUAGCAAAAACUUAAAAAUAUUCUUUGAAAAAAUCCAAAUAGCUAGAGUUUAGAUAUUAAGCAUGAAACAUCUUCUAGUAAGUGACUACAAAGUUUGUUCAAAUAAAAGCCCAGGGGUCAAACUGGCCCCGCCCCUGGGGUGUCAAUGUUUUUAACUAUAUUUGUUUAGUAAAAACAUAAAAAUCUUCUCUUAAAAAACCCAAUGAGCUAGAGCUUAGAUAUUUAGCAUGAAACAUCUUCUUAUGGUUGUCUACUAAGUUUGUUUAAAUAAAAGCCCUUGGGUUAAAAUUGGCACUGGCAGGGGGGGGGCUGGUCAUUGUUUUACAUUAUAUGUGCGUUGUGUAUUAAAAACUAACAUUAAUGGGUGUCUUCCAAGUUUGUUCACAUAAAAGCCCUGUAGUUUAAACUGGCCCCGCUCCGGGGGCCUAUAUACAGGUGAGCGACCUCAGGGCCAUCAUGGUUUCUAUAAAUACAGGAUUUAUUUUCAUUUUGUGGUAUGAAAAUUAUUAUAUUUCACUCUUAGCUACCACAACUCAUGAAAUAUUUAUUUUAAAGUAAAUCCAGUAUUUAUAGAAAAAAAAUGAAUAUCCUCAAUUUCUGUAAUAUAUCCAUAUGUAGGCACAAUUUUAAUACAAAAAAGUAUUGAUUUCUUUUCUAAAUAUAGAAAGGAAUUUCCUUUUGAAAUAUUUAAAUCGUAAGAUUUUUCACACCAUUUGGUGAAGUAUUAUCCAUUUAUCAGGAUUUAAAUAGUUUAUUUGAUUAUUGUAAUGAAGUGUUGAUAAGUGAUCUGACUGUUGUGAUUGCUCCAUAUUUUUCAUGACAUCAUUUUGUUAAAGAAUAUUUUCAUACUUUUGUACAUAAAUUUUGUUACUUGUUUUGAUGUUUACCGAAAUAAAUAUGUUGAAAUAUCA